AGUGAAAUGUGUGUGUGUGUGUGUGUGUGUGUGUGUGUGUUACGGAGGGAGUUUUGAAAAACGGUUUUCGUUUCUUUUGUUCAGACUCGUGUUUAUGAAACAUCUGAGCGGUGUGUAGAUCUCACACACACACACACACACACACAGAGCAGGGAGGAGAUCAGGUUCUGAGUUCCGCGGGAGCCGAGUUAGAGGAGUCGACUCCGAGCCGAGUCUGGAAUCGAUUCAUUUUAUCAGCACUGACCUGCAGGGGCGCUGUUCUCACACAGUACAUACAGUGAUCGAAAUGGAGAGUACAGUAGCACGAAUGGUCCUGCCCCCGCUCCCUGUAAGCCCCGCCCCUGCCCCACCCCAGUGCCCGGAGCUGGACCUGUCCCUCACGCUGUCCCCAGAGAGACCGGGGGGACACGCCGCUGCUGAAGCUCUGAGGAGACAACAAACACGCACGCGGCAGGUGCGUUUCGCUCUGAGUCCUGACUCCUCCCCUGACCAACCUCCUGUUACCAUGGCGACGGCGGCAGCGGAGAAACAACACGGUAAAUUAAAAGGGGAAAAUGGGAAUGUGUCUGAUUGGAGUGAUGGACAGCUGACAGAGGGGGUGGAGCUAAACACAACACUAGCCCUGAAGGCGGAGCUACUGCAGCUGAAGAAGGCAGAGUUUAAUUCCCAGGGGGCCGUGCAGGAGAGACUGCAGAACUCGACUACUGUACAGGAGUGUGUCAAAACACGAGCAGCUGAGGGUGUGAAUUUCCCGCGCUCCCAUCACCUCUACCGCGCGCUCGUCAGUGUCAGUCUGUCACAUGAUGAGCUCAUUGCUCAGGCCUUGCGUGACAGGCCAGUUUUAGCCCCGCCCACAACCAGCCACCACUCAAAGUCCCGUUCUCCUCCAGCAGAGGGCCCUGACUUGCUUUUCUUCUAUGAGCCCCACUGUGUUGUCAGGGAGAUGCCCGUGUUGCCAGGCAACCACAUCCUUUCACCCCGUCCACACCCGGCCCCCAGACCUGCUCACAUGACCUUUCACCUACUUCAGAGACGCAGGCAGUGGGAGGCAUGAGCUCAGAUUACAUGUCACUUCCUGUGGGCGGAGUCUAAUUUCUGCACUGUGUGUUUAAAUGUCGUGUGUGUAACUUUAAUAAUGAAUAAACGUGUUUGUGUGGA